AUGAACAUGACGAGCGGCACAGACACGAUCCGGUUCAAACGCGACGACGACGUCGACGAAGAUCAGCAAACUGACCUCGAUACGACCAUGAACAUGACGAGCGGCACAGACACGAUCCGGUUCAAACGCGACGGUGACAAGGGUUCCGGCAACAACAGCAGCGACGACGACGACCACGACGAUGACGGAGAAAAAUCGGCUGUAAAUAGUGGUAAAACUAGUAAUAAGGUUAGGUCAGAAAAACCGUUGACCUGGGGAGAAGAAGCGUUUGUGAAAAAAGACGAGUCCGGAGCUCGGUCUUCGGACAGCGACAAUUCGGACGAUUACGAUUUUGGUGUUGAGGCGAAAGACAUCGAACCGAGUGAUCGAAAGAUGCGUGGGAGGGAAGUUGUAUACGUUGUUCCGUCGAGAGAAAAGACGCCCGUACCGGUUUUAGACGGUAGCGUCGCCCGGUUUCGCGAUAAUUUGGCCCCCUGCGUGAGAUACCACGUAACCGACGAAGACUCGCAUCCUGUACCUAAAACCGUAAAAUUUCAGCACGCCGGAGUCGUAGGAUCCGAUGUUUUAAAAAAGCUUCGUUUACGGGGUAAGAGUUUUGACGACUUUAAAGAGUCGAGAGCCGUCGUGGCGGCUAUUAAACCGUAUAACGAAGACGUUAUGAACAUCGCCGACUACAACAGCCGGAUCGUCGGAUUGGGGGUCGAUGGCUGCGAAAAACAAUAUCGGAAGUACGUUACGAUUACAGAGUUGUUGUAUAAGCUGGGUUACGCGAGCGACGACGUUAGGAUCCACCGGUCGACUAUCGGAGAUAAACUAUACGAGUAUUCUAAAAACGUUUCCAAUUACCCAAAAAUAACAAAAAUCGAAACCAACUACUGUAAAGAAAUAACGGAAUACUCGCUCUGUUACGGGUACGUCCCUUUCACGUGUUCGUCAGAGUUUCAGGUCUUUUUUACGAGACUUAUUGAAAAGAGAAAAUAUUUGAAUUAUAAUUACGAUCUGGUGGAGGGUGAGAUCGAGUUGUUAUUUUUGGGUUAUUGGCGGUUAGAAAGCAACGAUAUUAAAGGGUAUGAUCCGAAGGUGACACGGACGACGAAAAAACAAUUUCUUUCUCACCUUUUAUCUAAAAUUCGCAAAAUAUUCAAUGUCGAAAAAAAUGAAAUGACGAAAAAAAUAUUUAAAAAAUCUUUAAAAUCAUUGUGCAUUUUUCGAAUUUCGGAGAUCCGAAAAAAAUUCCGGCCUUAG